CCGCAGCACGUCAGUACAAUUUUAGAUCUCGAGCGAGCGAGUUCGGCCGGAAUAAAACACGCAGAGAGAUACCAACCCAUGCAAGUCGUAUUUUUUGGGUAGUAACGCGGACACAAAUUCAGCCCACCACCCAAGGAAAACCCAAUUUCGUCGCAGUGCAGCAGAGGAUCAUGUACAUUUACCCGAGCUCCCCGGAAUCAGCAUCGUCCUUGCAGUCCGAAGAGAGUGCGGCCAUCAAGAUCCAGGCCGGAUUCCGUGGCUACCGAGUGCGCAAAGAAAUCCACCGAUCCAGCAAGUCCAACAAUCCCCAUCCGCGGAGAAAUCAGCGCCAGCGGUCCAAGAACAACGCCCUCAUGGAAGCCCAGGGAAAUCCACCUCGUCCCAGUGGCGGCGAUCAGCAAUCGGGUUCGGAAAAUGGUGGAAAAUCCGUGGAGGAUCGCAGUGCCACCAAGAUCCAGGCGGGAUUCCGGGGAUUCCUGGUGCGCAAGAAGCAGAAAAUCGCCACCGAUGCGGCCGUUAAAAUUCAGGCUAGCUUUCGGGGAUUCAAAACCCGCAAGGAGCUGAAGCAGUGCGAACCCAUUGUGUAAUGGGCGCUGUUCCACAAUCCUGAUUUCUACUGUACAUACGAAUAUGUGUAUUCAAAGCUUGCUGUUGCACAGCAAUGCGUUAAACCUACCGUUUAGUUCAAUACGUGUCGUGUAAAUAGUUUAAUAUUAACUGAUAGCUUCCAGAAGAAUAAAAUACUCUUACUCAAGAAACCGCAUCUUGAAAGACAACACUAUCCAUUAACGGAA